AGACAAAAAUCGAGGUUUGCGCGUUUGCCGCUUCGCUUCGAAAAGCUGUGCAUAUUUUAUUUUAUGUCAACUUACAAAGAACAAUCGCUCGUAUUUAUGAAAUAAAACUAUUACCGUGUUAUUCAUUAUUUGUUUACAAUUCUAUUUGUUAAAAGUUAAUAAAUAUAUUUUCUAAUAAAAUGUCUAACGAAGAAGAAACACCUAAUCUGGCCGAAGCCAAUGAGAAUUCGGUGAGUGAAAAUAAUGAAACAACUUCGGAGGAGACAAACUCGUCCGCCGAGAAGGAAGUCGAGUUUGAUAAUAAAAUUGAGACAGAUCGCAGCAAAAGAUUCGACUUUUUGCUGAAACAAACUGAAAUCUUCACCCAUUUCAUGACAAAUAGCGCCACCAAAAGUCCAACAAAAUCCAAAGCCGGUCGCCCGAAGAAGCCGAAAGAUCCAAAGGCAAAAGACGCCAAGUGUGAAGAUGGUGGAAAGGACAAAGAAGGUGCCGAUCAUCGUCAUCGCAAAACAGAGCAGGAAGAAGACGAAGAACUUCUGGCAGAAGAUUCACAUUCCAAGGACGUGUUUCGGUUCGAAUCGUCUCCAAGUUACAUCAAAAAUGGCGAGUUGAGGGACUACCAAGUCCGAGGUCUGAAUUGGAUGAUCUCGUUGUAUGAGAAUGGCAUCAAUGGAAUCCUCGCCGAUGAGAUGGGUCUGGGAAAAACCCUCCAAACUAUCUCACUUCUCGGUUAUCUCAAGCAUUUCAAAAACCAAGCUGGACCACAUAUUGUUGUUGUACCAAAAUCCACACUCCAGAACUGGGUGAUUGAAUUCAAAAAGUGGUGUCCCUCGUUGCGCGCCGUCUGUCUCAUUGGUGACCAAGAAGCUCGUAAUGUGUUCAUUCGUGAGGUCUUGAUGCCCGGCGAAUGGGACGUUUGUGUCACCUCAUACGAAAUGUGUAUUCGUGAGAAAUCAGUAUUUAAAAAGUUCAACUGGCGUUACAUGGUCAUUGACGAGGCCCAUCGUAUCAAGAACGAAAAGUCCAAACUCUCGGAAAUUCUGCGUGAGUUCAAGACAGCCAAUCGUCUGCUCAUCACGGGUACUCCGCUUCAGAAUAAUCUGCACGAGUUGUGGGCUUUGUUGAAUUUCCUGCUGCCUGAUGUCUUCAACAGCUCCGAGGAUUUCGACGCCUGGUUCAACACCAACACGUUCUUUGGGGAUAAUGCGUUGGUUGAACGUCUGCACGCUGUGUUGAAACCCUUCUUGCUGCGUCGUCUCAAAUCCGAGGUGGAAAAGAGGCUAAAGCCGAAGAAAGAAAUCAAGAUAUUCGUGGGCCUGUCGAAGAUGCAACGCGAAUGGUACACUAAAGUCCUCAUGAAGGACAUUGAUGUGGUCAACGGAGCCGGUAAAGUGGAGAAGAUGCGUCUGCAGAAUAUUCUCAUGCAGCUACGUAAGUGCACCAAUCACCCGUAUCUCUUUGACGGAGCCGAACCUGGCCCACCAUACACAACCGACAUGCAUUUGGUGACGAAUGCCGGCAAAAUGGUCAUUCUGGACAAGUUGUUGCCCAAGCUGCAGGAGCAGGGCUCGAGAGUACUUAUUUUCAGUCAGAUGACACGUAUGUUGGACAUUCUGGAGGAUUACUGUUUGUGGAGAGCCUACCAGUACUGUCGCUUGGACGGCCAGACACCUCACGAAGACAGAAACAGACAAAUUCAGGAAUACAACGCCGAUAACAGCUCCAAGUUUGUAUUCAUGUUGUCCACACGUGCUGGAGGUCUGGGUAUUAAUUUGGCCACAGCCGAUGUGGUAAUCAUCUACGAUUCGGAUUGGAAUCCUCAGAUGGAUUUGCAGGCCAUGGACAGAGCUCAUCGUAUCGGUCAGAAGAAGCAGGUACGCGUGUUCCGUUUCAUCACCGAGAACACCGUCGAGGAGAAGAUCGUCGAACGUGCCGAAGUGAAGUUGAGGUUGGAUAAGAUGGUCAUUCAGCAGGGUCGAUUGGUGGACAACCGGACGACACAAAUGAACAAGGACGAAAUGUUGAACAUCAUUCGUUUCGGUGCCAACCAUGUGUUCGCUUCGAAGGAUUCAGAGCUGACAGACGAGGACAUUGACACGAUCCUAGAACGCGGCGAAGCUAAGACCAACGAACAGAAGGCCCAAUACGACGAGUUGGGCGAGAGCUCCCUGCGUAACUUCACAGUCGAAAACAAUGGCGAGGGCGCAUCGAGUUCGGUGUAUCAAUUCGAGGGCGAAGAUUACCGAGAGAAGCACAAGCUGAAUGUGGUGGGAGCGUGGAUAGAGCCGCCGAAGCGUGAGCGUAAGGCAAACUAUGCUGUCGAUGCUUACUUCCGUGAGGCUCUGCGGGUGUCGGAGCCAAAGGCACCGAAAGCACCUCGACCACCGAAACAACCAAUUGUCCAGGACUUCCAGUUCUUCCCACCAAGACUGUUCGAGCUUCUGGAUCAGGAGAUCUACUUCUAUCGAAAGUCGCUCAACUACAAGGUUCCCAAGAAUCCAGAGCUCGGUUCGGAGGCAUCGAAGGCACAGCGUGAAGAACAACGAAAAAUCGACGAAGCCGAGGCCUUGACGGAGGAGGAGAUCUUAGAGAAAGAGACAUUACUGACACAAGGAUUCACUAUGUGGACUAAGCGAGAUUUUAAUCAGUUCAUAAAGGCCAACGAGAAGUAUGGACGCGAUGACAUCGAGAAUAUUGCUAAAGACGUCGAGGGUAAGACUCCGGAGGAGGUAAUUGAAUACAAUGCGAUAUUUUGGGAGCGGUGUCAUGAGUUGCAGGACAUUGAGCGUAUUAUGGGACAAAUUGAGAGGGGCGAGGCUAAAAUACAGAGACGAUUGUCCAUCAAAAAGGCUCUCGAUCAGAAGAUGGCCCGUUAUCGAGCACCAUUCCAUCAAUUGCGUCUGCAGUACGGAAACAACAAGGGCAAAAACUACACCGAGAAUGAGGAUAGAUUCUUGGUUUGCAUGCUUCACAAACUGGGCUUCGACAAGGAGAAUGUUUAUGAAGAACUCCGUUCAGCUAUACGUUUAUCACCACAAUUUCGGUUUGAUUGGUUCAUCAAAUCGAGGACAGCCCUUGAAUUGCAAAGACGUUGCAACACUUUGAUCACACUUAUCGAGCGUGAAAACUCCGAAUUGGAAGAGAAGGAAAGACAAGAGAAGAAACGAAAGGCAACUAAAGGACAAGGAACACCCCAACAAACACCAACGGCAUCAAAGUCAAAUCAAAAACGUAAAGCCGAAGUUAUUUCAACGGAGAAAGCAUCAAAGAAGAAAAAGAAGUAAACAAACUAAAAUUUUAACUAAACAGUAAAAUAAAAGAACAAACUUGAA